AUGCCCAUCAAGGAAGUGGCAUUGGAUCUCACGAAUUUCGUGCUGUCAAACGUGAACGAUGCGAUCUCUUUCAAACCGCAGCUGUGCUACGAAGUACCCGCUCAGGACUAUGGCGAGCUGCGAGAACGCUACAUCGCGUUCACCGGAACAUCGAUGCGGAAAAACAAAUCGCGAUUGUAUUUUCUGCCGACCAACAUUUCGGACGAACUGCAACAGCUAAACCCGUCAGUGCCGGACUCAGCAAAGCAUGUGCCGCGUGACGGCCACGUUUACUACAAGAACCGGCUCAUCACGGAGCUGGACUACGAAAACGUGAAACGCGUGGAACUGGCGUGCGCGUACAUUGCGUAUGCGAUCAUUAACAAGUCCGCAGGGAUUGAGGUGGAAUCCAACAGCAACAGCAACAGCAACAGCACAGAACAUCGGGAAUCGGCAACGUCUUUAUCGGAGCUCAGCGGCCGCGAGGAUUCGCGCGACAGCUCCAAUCAGUCACCCGCAGACCCCAAAAUAUCACCUGCAGAGGCCACUGCUCUAGCUCUCAAGCGGGGUGGGCUCAUAGGGUUCCGAGAACUUGGCUAUCUCGUAAAUAUCACACCCUGGCAUUUCCACCGGGUUUUCAAAGUCAUCACAGGGCUCACAAUCCGCGAGUACGGUCAAUUGUGCACCGAGUUUGCCAAGAAAAACCGCGAUAUCAUGAACGCUUGCAACAAACGCGUGCAAGAACUCAAGGAACAGGGCCACAGUUACCAGUGUUUUUCAGACCCAGGCUUUCUUAAAGAUGGUACGCUCAAAUACGAGCCCACCAGAAACGUUGUUCUGCUGCCUCAAUAUUUCAUCGAUCCCAACAAAUCGAAAGAACACAAGAAAAUGCAAAAGGAGAACAAGGCUUUGGAUGGGAAAUGUACGCAGCGCGUCGAGGCCCGUAAACGUAGGGGUUCCAUCAUGUCUGGUCGUAUUAGGGCCGCUUCGCAGUCGAGCGUGACUUCAAACUCUUCUAUUCAGGAAGUGCUCCAGGUGGAACCGGGUUUCCCUAGCACUCCACUAAUGAGUCCCUCCGAUGCCCGGGCUUCUUCAACGGCGUCACCCGUCCUUCAAAGCGUUGCCGGUCUGAACACACUCGAUUCAACGGUUCUCCAGACAACGCUUGCGCAAUCAAGAAAGAAUAGUUUGGUGACUGGAUCAUCAGCAUCUUACCUGCAGUCUGCUCCGGGUAGAAUUGGCAAACCGAAGCUUGCGGCCAAUACGAGUGGAUCCACGGCCCAUCUGCGUCACCUGAGCGACCCUUCCAUGGCUUUGGACGCGAUAGAGCUAUCCAAAGUCACUGGUGACGCUACGGGCACAAAGAACAUGCCUCACAUUAGUGUUGCUCAAGAUGCAGUAACUUCUCCCAAAGUGGACUUCAAAUUUGACAUUUUUGGUAAUGAGAAUGUCUCCUCACAGCGUCCAGAUGAUGCUAAUCCAUCUCAAGUGCUCGGUAACAAUGGCGAUUUCAAUUACGACUUGGACGAAUUGAACCCUCGAGCCGUUUCAAACUUUACAAACGACUCUAGCAAUGGUAGUUUCCAGCUAGAUUUCAAUGAUGACAUUACCCAUGGCAAUCUGAUUUCUUCCGAAAAUGGAGUUUUUUUUCCUGGAAAUCAUCAGCGAACUAGUAAUAACAACACUGCUGCGACGUCCCUACAGGGUACUUCGAGAUCGGUCGAAACAUUACCGCGUGACUCUACCAGCACUUUCUUGGGAGAUUUUCACCCGGCAGACCUAGAUGAGAGCUCUCAAUUACUCUUGGAUUUGAACGCUCUCCCAGAUGACCCGAUUCUCAAUCAGCCAUAUGGUAUGCUCGAUCUAAAAAUGGCGACCAGUCACGAUAUUCGCAGCGGGGGCAGUUUUACGAAACUCACGGACUUCGGUGAACCAUAUAUGGAGCAUGGACAGCUUUCGUCUGCAGGGCAGAAUCAGCGGCAUGCAUCAACGGUGAACCCGUCAAUACCAAUCCAUUCAACUCACAACAGGCCUCAAGAUAAACCGUCAACAUUGGCCUUGAAUCAACCCAAUCGAUCGAGCUACUCAAGAAAUAGGCUCAAUUCAGCCGUGGCUCCAAUGGAUGAUAUCAACCGAAUGUUUUUGUCGGGUUAUUCUGGCGGAACACCUAUAAUGACAGAGCCGCUCGAUUUACAGGGCGGUAACUUUACGGAACAAACGAUCCCUGCUCCACUUGUCUCGCAACCAUCAACAAGAGACAAUACCAUGGGUUCCACUGUGACACCAGACACAAUGGUUACGACAGAAACCAAUUCUUCAACAAGAGACUUUGACGCCAAGGGAUCUUUGGCAGCUUUCACGAACCUAGGUUUUGACGCCUUGAGCCCCGGCUCUUCUCCCACUGCACUAGAGGCUGGUUUACCGGAUUUCCACGGCGACCUAAAUUCUGAUUUUGCUGGUACAUCCAUAGAGGCAUUGAUGUCAGCUGGCAAUGAUGCGCCACCACAAAAUUUUUAG